AUGAAUACGACAUUGUCGUGGGCGCGCGCCGGUGAUCUCGGCUGGGUGCGACUGGUGUCCGCCGUCCGAGCCUACUCUCAGCCGCCGAUUUUCACGGGUGGGGAGACCGAGGCACGCAAGGGGCUGCGCGCCGCGUCUCGCGCGCGGGGCGGCCGCGGAUGUGGCGCGGUGAUCAUCGAUGUUGAGCUGCUGGGCUCCGUCUACCACUGGAAUUUGGACGUGAAAGGCAUCACUGCUAUCGAGCUGAUCACGGCGCUUGGGUUAGUGGUGGACUACAUAGUUCACAUCGUGCACUUUUUCCUCCAUCAGGACCCCAGCAUCCCGAAGGACGCGCGAAUCGCCGAAGCGCUGGGGGAGAUCGGGCCCUCUGUAAUGGUGGGAGCAGCGACAACAUUCCUGGGAAUCAUCCCCCUGGCGUUCGCUAACACCUUUAUCUUCCGUGUGUUCUUCAAGAUGUUCCUCGUCAUCAUUUCUUUCGGGGUACGUUUUUCUUCUCGCGUAUAG